GUAGUGUUAGCUAUCUAGGCAGCAGCGCCAUUCUUUCUAAUCAAAUCCUUCAUUUUCCAUUCCUCUUAUCAAUCGCAAAAGUCGAACAAUACAAGGGACGAUAAUGAUAACAAUGAUUCUUAAACCUCUCCUGUUUCCAUCGAAUUCAAGGUACAUUUCUAAAACCCCAAUUUCCCUUCUCGCUAACCUCUUCUUUAGCACAAACCCCACCUCCCUAAACGAUGAUGUAGAAGUUGUUUACCGAAUCAUAACAUCCUCAUCCUCAGUUCAAAACCUUAAACAGUCGUUAACAUCAACUGGGAUUUUUCUUUCUAACGAUUUAAUCGAUAAGGUACUAAAAAGAGUCAGGUUUAGCCAUGGAAACCCGUUACAAGCACUUGAAUUCUUUUAUUAUACUGAUAAUAGAAAAGGGUUUUAUCACACUCCUUAUUCUUUAGAUACUAUACUUUAUAUCCUUGGUAGGAGUCGUAAAUUUGAUCAUAUUUGGGGUGUUCUGAUUAAAAUGAAGAGAAAAGAUCGCUUCUUGAUUUCUCCAAGAACUAUGCAAAUUGUGUUAGCUAGAGUUGCUAAGUUGUGUUCUGUUAGACAGACUGUUGAAUCUUUUAGAAAGUUUAAAAAGUUUGUUUCUGUUUUGGAUACUACUUGUUUUAAUGCUUUGUUAAGAACUUUAUGUCAAGAAAAGAGUAUGACUGAUGCUAGAAAUGUGUAUCAUAGGUUAAAGAAAGAGUUUAAGCCUAAUUUGCAGACAUUUAAUAUACUUUUGUCGGGUUGGAAACAAUCUGAGGAAGCAGAGUUGUUCUUUGAGGAAAUGAGGGAAUUGGGUAUUAAACCUGAUGUUGUCUCGUACAAUUCUUUGAUUGAUGUUUAUUGUAAGGAUCGAGAAAUGGAGAAAGCUUAUAAGGUGGUUGAGAAGAUGAGAGAGGAGGAUAUAUCACCAGAUGUGAUAACAUAUACUAGUAUUAUUGGGGGGCUGGGAUUGGUCGGUCAACCUGAUAAAGCUAGAGAUAUAUUGAACGAAAUGAAGGAAUAUGGGUGUUACCCAGAUGUUGCAGCAUAUAAUGCUGUUAUAAGGAAUUAUUGUAUUGCUAAGAGGCUUGGUGAUGCUUCAAAUUUGAUGGAUGAGAUGGCAAGUAAAGGUUUAAGUCCAAAUGCUACUACUUAUAAUUUGUUCUUUAGGGUAUUUUAUUGGUCAAAUGAUUUAAGGAACUCGUGGAGUUUGUAUCGGAGAAUGAUGGAAUCUGGGUGCUUGCCUAACACACAGUCCUGUAUGUUUCUGAUCAGGUUGUUUAGAAAGCAUGAAAAGGUGGAGAUGGCACUUACACUGUGGAAUGACAUGGUGGAGAAGGGUUUUGGAUCUUAUAUUUUGGUGUCAGAUGUGUUGUUUGAUUUACUUUGUGAUAUGGGGAAGUUGGUGGAAGCAGAGAAGUGUUUCUUGCAAAUGAUAGAGAAAGGGCAUAAGCCAAGCAAUGUCUCAUUUAGGAGGAUCAAAGUCCUCAUGGAAUUGGUGAACAAGCACGAUGCCCUCCUGAACUUGCAGAAGAAGAUGGCUAUUUUUGGGUCUUCAAUUCAACUUCCUUAACGAGAAGAACACCUUAAUGAGACAUCAUACAUAGACUCACUUCCCAGUUAAACAUAGAAUACUGAGCUGCAAUUAGUCAUUGCAUGAAAUUGAACUGUAACAGCGCCUCCCAAGAAAACAUAAUAUUGUUGGUUCUCUCUGUUCUUUUGCUUUUAGCAAAUAGUGAAGAUUUCUUCCUUGGUGAACGGCAUUCCGAGGAAGCAAUAGAGUAUUAGACUAUCGCCUGAAACUGCUUGCGUCCAAAUGGUAUCAACAGAAACAAAUUGUCUUCUGUCACCUUUGAAACUUGUUCUGCUUGUACCUGUGUAACAAGCAUGAGACGCAGAAGACCAUAGCGAUCUGCAUCAGCUGAAACAAUUGAGAAUUAUGUCCUCUCUCUGUCGACUUCUUUAUCAGAUUUCUUCUUGGGUAAUAGAAAGAUGAAUCUGAACCUAUGUUAUCUUUGGCUAAUUUGUCUCUUUUUAUCAGAUUUGGUGUCUGCCAGACCAAAUAUUUAUGGCCAACAGCAAGUUGAAAAUUUCUAAGUUCGAAUCAUAGCAAGGGGAUACCUUUGAAAUGUUGCUUAUUCCCUACAGUUGUAGCUCGAUGCCAAUUGAUUUGAUUCAUUCAUUGGUUUUGGCUCUGGUCGUUGCAUUAUGAUUCUGACUCGAGACGUGCGCUUCACUGGCAUUAGAGGAAGCUAGAGAAUUUGGCUAUCUGGUCUUAUGGAAGUGAUGCCUCAACAUCAUGCUGUAUUUCCGGAGGCAACCCUAUGAAGGGGGAAGUCUUCCUCGUUACAAUGGUAUCAAUGUUUCUAUUUUAGUCGAGCGUUCUCUGCUGUGUUCUUUAACAUUGGAUGUCAAUUCAAUUUAAUUGUAUCUGAUUGAAAUUGAUGCUUA